AUGAGCGGUGGAGAUGACAGACAGUCGAAUCUCAAGCACUUCAAUGGCGAAGAGGGUGACCAGGGUGAUGUUGGCAAACAGCUUCGGAAGUUCAAGAACUGGUGCCAAGCCAAAAUGGCAACCAUGAAAGACUUCGCAGCGAAGCAGCAAGGCCCCUUCGUAUACACACUCUUGGAUGGGAAGGCGCUAGAUGCAGUAGAGCAUUUGACGCUGACAGACCUGCAGAAGGAAGAUGGCGCAGAGCAAAUCUGGAGACUUUUGCAGAAUCGCUUCCCAGAGAAAGAGACAGCCGAUCAGAUGGGAGAGGCUCUUGGUGAGGCCGAAGGAGCAAGAAUCAAUGCAGCAAUGGACGGCCAGGGUACAGGAGGACUGACCGAAGAACAACGAGCCAUCGUCAAAGCAAAGAGUCAAGGAAAGCUUGAGAUAGCUGAAGUCUCUGCUGCUCUUCGUUCGUGUUUUCCGACGUGGCGUGCAUCGGCGAGGGCAAAGAGGCCAGUCAACGCCCUUGUCGUUGAGCCAGAAUGGGAGGAGGAAGAGCCCAACGCGACUCAGAAUCACGACACUUUUGCUGAUGUUGAAGCGUUCUUGGCGGAGCAUCAGGCGACGCUCCCCGAGGACGAUGUGGCCGUUGACGAGGACGAAGCGGCCGAGGCACUAGCAGUGUCGUGGAAGGAGCGCAGGCAGGAGAUUAACAAGCUCCAGCAGAGCAGGAAGUUCGGCUCCAUCGGCAACGUCAAGAAGUCCUUCAGAGUUGAGAUAGAAGAGCUCAAGAGAAGAACGAGAUGCAGGAAGUGUGGCAAGAUAGGCCACUGGGCCCGGGAGUGCAGAUCCCAGGGUAAAGGUGGUCAAGGGCGUGGCGGCCGAUCAGAUCAGCCUGGCUCUUCGUCAUACGCGACAGAGGUGAAUUACGUGCAAGUGGAGGCUGAGGGCGAGACACUCUUUGACCACGAGAUCUCCUUUGUGGGCGCGGUGGAAGUGCUAGCAACCGGCGAGGAGAACGCUGACCAGACGGAGGCCUUGGAAGCAGGGCUGGUGUCGUCUCCAGGAUAUGGCGUGGUGGACUCUGGCUGCGGUCGAACGGUGAUCGGCGUCCAGACUCUUGAGGCCCUGAAGGAGCUCCUCAAGACCAAGACAAAUCUGCCAGUCCAAGAGUAUGCUGCACACAGCUCCUUUCGUUUUGGGAACGGGGCUACCGAGGACAGUAGCAUGUCAGUGCGAAUUCCCGUCGGCAUUGGAGGCCGCGCCGGUGUGGUGGAUGCGGCAGUGAUCUCGGGCAAAGCGCCGCUCUUGCUGGGCCGCCCCACGCUUGAGCGCUUGCGAGUGCAGUUAGACUUCGGGGCCAAGACCAUGUGCUUCUUGGGUGAGGCCACCGCGAUUCCUAUGUGCACGAAUCAAGCUGGACAGCUCCUCAUCAACUUGCUGUCUUUCCCGGCCCAGGUCGCCGAAGCCGAGGUGACACAGAUGAACUCCAAGCCCCAAAAGAAGAAGCGAACCCUCAAACCCAAGGAGUGCCGCAGCUUGAUGUCCCAACUCCACAAGCAAGACGUCCGUCAGGCAUCACAAAUCGCUGUGGCAGAGCUCUUUUCUGAGCCAUGCCUGUCCAAGAUCGCGCAAGAUCAAGGUGCCAAAGGGAUUGCUUUCGAUAUGAAACAGGGCUGUGACCUCACUGAUCCCGUCGUUCAGAAGGAGGUAGAACACCUCCUAGACCAAGCCUGUCCCUACUUGCUCACUGCAUCCCCUCCUUGUACGCAUUGGGGCGGGUGGGACCACUUGAACAGGCGAGUCCGCACCCCUGUGGAACGUGCUCGUCUGAUCCGCGCAGCUCGGGGUCAGGUGCGCUUCUGUGUUCGACAGGUUCUUAGGCAAGUCAAGCGGGGUGGGGAGUUCAUGUUCAAGCAUCCUUUAGGGUCAGCAGUGUGGAAAAUGCCUGAAAUAGUCAGCCUGAAGCGAAAAUUUGGGUUCACCACAAUUGACAUGUGCGCUCAUAGUGUGAAGUAUCCUGAAACACAGAAGCCCGUCAGACACUGCACUGGGUUGAUCUGUUCGAAACCGGAUGUGUUCCGACAGCUUGUUCACCGGUGCCCCGGCGACCAUGAGCACACGCAAGCCCAGGGCAAGUCUGUGAACUCGUGUGCGCUCACGGUGCAGUGCGCUCCAGACUUCAACCGUGCAGUUUGGAAGUCCUUGGGUCCGUGUGUUCAGGAAAGCCUGCUGGCAGAAAGCCAGCUUGAUUGGCACGCCCUUGGUUGUGAAUGCUUGGCUGGCGAUGUCGCUGCGCCGGCAAAUGACGCCGAAGGCCCGGCGCAAGCGGAGGCUGCGCCACCAGCUCAGGAUCCUGAGGGGGAUAGGAGGAUAGACAAUGCCCUUAAGAAGCUCCAUUGUAACUUGGGACACCCAGCCUCAAGAGAGCUUGUCAGGGUCCUGAAGCACAGCAAUGCCUCAGCGCGCGCCAUCGAACGGGCAGCGCAGCUUCAGUGCCCGGUCUGCGCCAAUCAUCAGAGACCGUCUGCCCCGCUUCCGGCCAACACAUCCCGCAACUUAGAGUUUAAUGACAGGGUUGGUCUGGAUGUUAAGUACCUUACGGGUUGGAGACAGGGUCAGAAGAUAGCGUGCGUCAAUCUCAUAGACUAUGCCACCUCUCUUCAAAUAAUGGUUCCUCUAGGUCGGCGUGAGACGGGUGCACUGUUGCAGUCUGCCCUGAGAGAUCGCUGGAUUGAUUGGGCUGGACCGCCUCGCACUCUCAUCCUCGACCCAGCUAGACCUAAUUUAGGGGAGGUUUUCAGUGACUUCUGUUCAGGGCAGGGCGUGGAUAUUGAACAAACGGCAGCCGAGGCACAUUGGCAACUAGGCAAAGUGGAGCGUCAUGGCCAGUGGUUUAGCAGGAUUCUGGAUCGUGUUUUGGAUGAGUCAAAGCCAGAGGAUGAAGAAGCCUGGAAGACCUGCCUUGUCCAGACUCAAGCCGCGAAAAACUCGUUGCUGUCUGAAGCAGGGGCCAGUCCUUUCCAAAUGGUUUUUGGGCGAAACCCCAGAAUCCCGAGUGACCUCCUCCAAGAUGCUCCCCAUGUAGCUGCCUCUGAUGCCAUAGAACAUGACACCGUCCUGAAUCGAGCCAAUGCCGUCAGACAAGCGGCCCGUCGCGCUUUCUUGCAGUGUCAGGAUGACAAGGCUUUACGAGCGGCCCUUCGGGCUAGGCCUAGGGUUGCUAAAGAGUUUAAGUCUGGUGACUGGGUGUACUAUUGGCGCACUCAAAAGUCUAUUGGAGGGGUUCGCAUUGAGGGUGGUAGAUGGUAUGGUGCCGCAAUGGUCUUAGGAAGCAUUGGGAAGAACCUCAUUGUAGCCCAUAAGAAGAGCAUCCUCAGGUGUGCGCCCGAGCAGCUCCGUGCUGCGAUGCCGGAAGAGUCAGUGGUGGCUGACUUCCCUGACAAUGAGCUGUUGGGCAUUAAGAAUCUGCUAGAACGCGGGCAAUUCCCCAAGAGCCAGUUCAUUGACUUAGUCCCUCACGACCUUCCUCCUGCCAUAGACGAAGAUACAUGUAGGCCAGCCCCAGAGGUUCCUCGCAACGCAGCUCAGUGUCUGGAAGAAGCCAACCGUGCAUCCAAUUCGCCGGCGGUUGUGGAGCAACCUCCCGCUCCGGACGGUUCUGCUGGACCAGCUUCAGCUGACACUCGUGACCCACAUCCCUCGCGCCACGCUAGGGUUGACCAUAGCGGUUCAGGUUACGGUCCGGUUAGACGGGUUACUGGGAAGUCACCGCCUGACAUGAUCCUCCACAGGCCGUCGGCCAUGCGUGAGGAUGAUUUUGUCGAACUCAUGCAAGAAGUGGUUCCCCGAAUACUCCAAGAGUUUCCAGCUGGAGCCCGUCUUGAGCCAGCUAGGGCGUCCACAGAUGUCUGUCCCGAGCCUGCGGCGGAACGUGCUAGCCCACGCGGUACCAGCCAGAAGAGAUCGGCCAGCGAAACUCCUCCGGGGGUUGAGCCUGAAGCAAGGGUUGCUAGAGUUGAGUCAGACUCAGACGAGGCCCUCAGUGUUGAGGCUCUCUUCUGCGAGGUCCGCGAUGACCAGCACAACAGCCACAUCGAAGCACUCAUGGCUGCCUUUUUGCAAAAACGCACGCAGAAGGAGCUCCCGCCCACUGGAAAUGAUGCCACUAUCCAGGCCAAGGUGGAUGAGGCUAAGGCUUUAGAAUGGGAGACUGUAGCGGGUAAACAAGCUGUGCGUGUGUGGACGGGAGCCAAGGCGAAGGAGAUACGGGCCAGGCAUGCUGACCGCUUUGUUGGUAGUCGCUUUGUCAUAGUGAAUAAAACCGACGAAGAUGGCAGUCGCAUCAAGGCGCGCCUUUGCCUGCAAGGUCAUUUGGAUCCGGAUUUCCAUACGAAAAUCCAAUCCGGUCUGUGUCACAGCCCGACGUUGAGCCAAUUGGGCAAGGCCGUGCUCCUGCAACUGUUGGUCACAAACCACUGGGUCAUGAAUCUCGGCGAUAUAAAAGGCGCUUUUCUCGAGGCAGGUCCCUUGCCCGAACGGUUCCGACCGUUAUACGCGCAUCAGCCCCCCGGCGGAGUUCCGGGUCUGCCGCCCGACGCUGUUAUCGAAAUUACUGGCAACCUCUAUGGGUCUAACGAUGCCAUAGCGCGCCUCAAACGGCGUUUUCCAUACAGAAAAUGGCGCGUGGGCAACGGGGAGUUCUGCGGGGUGCUAUAUUCUCAGGACCCGAACACCUUUGAAAUAUCGUACCAACAAGCAGAGUAUGCCAGACACUUGCGUCCCAUAGCCAUGACCAAAGAAAGGCGAGCUCAGCGAGAAGAGUUUGCGACAGCAAGAGAGCUGUCCGCGCUCAGAGCCGUGAACGGCGCAGCCAAUUGGUUAAGCAGUCAGUCUAGGCCGGACCUUUCUGUCCAGACAUCUUUCUCUCAGCAGUGUUUUCCCAGUCCUCGGGUCAAAGACUUGUUGUUUGCAAACCAGUUGGUGCACCGAGCUCGGCAGCAUGCUGAUGUUUCAGUGACAGUGAAGGACAUACCGCUGUCUCAACUCGCCGUCGCCGUGCAUUCUGAUGCCGGAUUCGCCAAUGCCGGAGGCAAUCGCACUCAAGCAGGGUACAUAGUAGCUUUCGUGGAUAGGCGGUUAGACGCAGAUCAAGAGGUGCCAUGGACACCGUUUGCUUGGAGAAGUUACCGACUGCCCAGAGUCGUUGCCUCAACUUUGGCUGGAGAGGCCCAAGCCUUCGCUACGGCCACAGGUGUCGCAGAAUGGGUGAGCCUCAUGCUAGUCGAAGCACAGCAUGGCAAGUUUGAUCUCCGUUCCCUUGCUGAAUUCUCCAGACAGAUUCCUAUCAUCGCAAUCACGGACUGCAAAAGUCUGUAUGAUGCUGCCCACUCUGUGUCAUCGCCCUCCAAGCUGGAUGAUAAAAGGGUCGCUAUAGAUAUGGCCAUCAUUAAGCAGGGUGUUGAACGUACAGGGAUGAGCAUCAGAUGGUGUCCGACAGAGCUCAUGUUAGCUGACUCCUUGACAAAAGACCAAUCAGAUCCGGCUGACUUGCUGAGGGCUGCUUUGAUGCAUGGCCGCUACCAACUGUCAGACGAAGCCGCCGUCCUAGCUCAGAAUGUGCCCAGCAAUCUGUCAAAUAUGCAGUCCUCCUCAGCUGCCUCGUCAUCGGCGGCCAACAGCGUGGAGCAGCAGCUCCAACAAGCUGUCGCAAGGGCCCACGAACAGGGCCGAGCGGAUGAGGUUCUUCAGAUGAUCAAUGCCAGCUUCUCUCAGGUCCACUCGGAUGUGCAAGGUGUGAAUGACUCGUCAAAGCGUCUUCGUGACACCGAGCAUCCAGAAUGGGAGUUGGCUACGUGCCCUGAGGCAUCCCAGCAGCCACGGCCCAUGCAGACUGCGGGGCAGGGAUACCGCCGCUCCACGCAGGAGCUCAGUCAGGCACCGAUGCCAUCGCUCCCUUCUGCUGCAGCCCCAGUGGGACCGCCCAGAGGCAUGCUUCCUGAUGGCAUUGAGACUCAACAACGGUGGGGACAGACCAUCUGCGAGUUGCCGAAGGUCAAGAGCCGUGGCGCCUCCUAUGCUGAGUUGGUCUCCGCCUCACACACAGACGAAAGCCUCAAGGGCUAUUUGAAGGGCUACAUCAUGCGCUAUUCUGGUCCUAGUCCCAAAGUCCGGGACUUCCGCAAGUAUCUCGAGUACAUCCGUUAUGACGACAUCCAGGCUGUGUACUACCCGGGUGCUCCUGAGAUCAGCCGCCGCUUCAAGCAGUAG